UUAGACUGCUCAAACCUCUCUCUCUCUCUCUCUCUCUCUCUCUCUCUCUCUCUCUCUCUCUCUUAUAUCUAAACGCUCCUUUCUUCAAUCUCUUGCCAUCUGAUUCAUCUCUAACUCAACCGUGUUCUCUCUCUCUCUCUCUCUCUCUCUCUCUCUCUCUGUGAGCUUGGUCCUGUCGCUUCUUGUGUGUCUGGUUUGCUCUGUUUCUAUAUCUCUCUCUUCCUUCUAUCGCUUUGUCUCUACACAUAUCUUUCGUAGUAACCCCACAUAUAUACAUACACAUGGAACCCUGAAAACCAUUAUAAGUAGUUGCCGACAUAGGGAACAAAAACAGUACAGGUUUAAAGCCAGUGAGAGACCCGAGACCUCUUUCUUUUCUUUCACCGACAAAUGGAGGCUGAUGAACUGGACACAGAUUCCCUCUCUCUCUCUGUUGGUUCUUCAGCCACUGGCUGGAACAACUACGGAUCCGAACCCGGUUCCCCUUCCGGGUCAUACCGGACGGAGAAGAAGGACGACGACGAGUACGUUGCCGAGUUGACUCGCCAGAUGGCCAACUACAUGCUUCAGGACGAAGAUAAACACGAAAAGUCAUGGGGAGGCUCUGGUUCGCCACAAUCAACGCUAUGGUCGCCGUUCGGUUUUGCUCCGGCAGGCCCGUCGCGAGAACCGUCGCCGCCGUUAACGCAGGCGGCGGAGAAGUUCGAGAAGAUGAAGGCAAAGGACGAGAUGAAUCCAUUUGUGAUUCCUUACCCAUCGAAACAAGCCCUAAUCGACGAACAGAUCAGAUCGGCUCAAUCAAACUUUCGCAAGAUCAAAGAAGAGAGGGAGAAGAAGAAGAAGAAGCGAGAACAACAGAACAGAAACGACGCCCUUUACGGGAACAGAGGGAGGGCAACGAAGAGCACCGGAUACGUCGGGAACUACCAGCGAAACGGGUCGGGUUUGAAAGCGGUGUUCCUUGAUGGGUCGGGUUCGAGACCCGGGUCGGGCGGAACCGGUGUGUUCUUGCCACGUGGCACCGGCAGUGACACUGGUUCGGAGCCUCGCAAGAAAACAGGGUGUCCGAGAGUGAUAAUACCGGCAAGAGUCGUUGAAGCCUUGAAGUUUCAUUCCGAGAAAAUGGGUGUGCCGUCCAAAUUCACUUCUGAUUUCCCUCCGCAUCACGAUGCAUUGCUGAUAUCCAUGGGCAACAAUAACAACAACAACAACGGCAAGAGCAGCUCGAAGUUGGCGCAAAGGGCGGAUUCGGGCGAUAGCCACCGCGAGCCACCGACGGAUCUGCCGCACGUAUUUGCAGGAACUCCGGAUGGGGCAUCAUUCUUCACGUGA